UCCGGUGCCGUUGCCAUGGCGACAGCCGCCGCGUCCCGCCCGCCACCCCGGCCGCGCCGCUCGCCGCCCGUCGCGAUGGAGGCGCUGGGGACGCCGGGCCGCGGCGGGGGCUCGGGGGCGGGCAAGCGGGCCUCAUACAGCCCGGGCACCCGGGAGCUGCUGAGAGCGAUGAUGGAGGAGCUGAAGCUGACGCAUUCCCAGAGGCGAUACCUGAUGGACUGUGUGAAACGAGGAAAUGCCCUGCCCCUCCAGUGGCCCCCCACAUCCAACAAACAGCCAGUGCCUGCUUUGUGCCCGCCAGCCAGUCAGCCAUGCAGGCUUCCAGCUAGACCACAUCUCCGACCUGCCAAGGUGUGCCAGGCAGGAGAUGCCUACACCCGAGAGAAGUUCAAGCCACAGCCCACACGAGAUUUGGAAAAGGAGAAGCAAAGACUUCAAAACAUCUUAGCAACAGGGAAGGAUGAGGUGGAGGACGAGGUGGAGAGGGUGCCGAUUCGGACAAAGGAAGAGGAGAUACCUGAGCUUGAUCGAUUUGAAGAAUUGGUGAAUGAAAUUCAGGACAGGAGGGAAUUCCUGGCGCAGAUGGAAGCUCUAGGACAGGACAAGGAGUAUAAAAGGAUUGUCCUUGCUGAAAUCUCACAGAAAAUGCAUGAGAUGGAGAUCAUUGACAAGAAGAGAAGUGAGGAAAUUAGAAAGAUGAUGACAAAAGACUUCCCUGGUGGGAACAAAUCUGAUCUCCACGACUAGUCUAAGGACAAAACACAAGUGCAGUUUGUUCCCACCUCUUCUUCCCAGACUCUCGACAUCAGAGUCUCAAGGACUGAUCUGUUCCCAAAGAGGGGGCAGCACUAUCUGUUGCCCAGCGGGCAGGACCAAUUUGUACAUAAACGGCGACAGAAGUUGUUGUAAAAUCCUACCCACACACCGGAUCCCCUCCUGCUCAACAAUAUUAAACACAUGGCAAUCAAAACAUGACAA